AUGCAGGCUGACGGCGAGGAAAAUUUGUUGCAUUCAUGCUUCGGCUCACUGAAGAGCGCAGUAAUGGGUUGCUGCUACAGUAUAUGUCAAAAAGAAUCGGAUCCUCAGGAGAGUACAGUGAAUGAACGGACCCACUUGUUGGAAGUAUCGGAGCAGCAGCAUGAGACUCCCUCGCCGACCGCCUGUGAGGCGACUCCGCCCCGCAAGCCCGACGAACAGAGCGCCCUUAACAGAAUACUACAUGAGACAGCCACUAAUGUGAUCGACGUGGGCGCACUUGGUCCAUACUCGUUGGAGGCUGGUGCGUACAGUGAGAGAGUUCGUGCAUACACCGCCCGAGCCGCAGCCGCAGCCCUAGCGCCGGCCGCGCCCGCAGUCCUAUUGGCAGACCAGCCACCGGCUGCAAGACGGAAAUUACUGGCAGCUCCGCCACUGACCAUCUCAGAUAGAGACCUGAUAACAAAUGCUGUUAAGAAAGCUGCCGCCGCUAUAUCUGAGUUGAGGGUGGAACAUCACGAGGAUUUGGUGGUUCCGUUCAGGGUCCCAUAG